AGCAGAUCAAAAACUUGCUUGACGUUGCUAUAGUUUUCUUGGAGAAUCAGUAACUGACGCUAACACCAGAAUCUUUGGCCAGAGAAUUGGUGAGAAGUCGUUUUGAUGGCGGAUUGUAAAACUUAAACAUUUUCCAUGAUUCCAAAUCUUACUUUUAAAAAACCACCACCACCAUCUACUCCCAGCUUCAUAUCGUAGUCAACAGAGAGGUUUCUAGUUUCAAGAACUUGCUGAGCUUUCAAGUCUUUGCAUUGAAUGACAAUUUUAUCCACCUGAUUUAUGUCCUUGUCAAUUGCAAUUUUGAUCCAAGUUUUGGUAAAAUGACUUUCAAGUUUUUUGCUCAACUAUUCAAACUUGAUGAGAAAGUUCUUUUCUACAAUCCGACUUGAAACAACUUGAUUUAGAGUUAACACCAGCUUUUUCACGCCAGAAUUGAACAGCCCUGUGUUGUGUUGCACAUAAUCAAGAUCUUUUGCUUUCAAUUCUGGUUCUUUAUUGAAAAGUCUUCUUGCAUUUAAAGGUAAACCUUUGAAAUAAUUAAAAAAGAUUUUUACAUUAUUAUGCAUUACAUAGACUUAAAAUAUGAAGUUAAAACUUUAAAUAUCUAAUAAAAUGUUACCUGGAAUAUCUGGAAUAGAGUGGCGUCCUAUUCCCGUUUGGUCUACUAAGAAGAACUAUUCCAUGGGGAGAAGCUUCCUUCGUGGCAAUGACUGAUGCUGCUACUCUUUCAGCUGCUACAGAGUCCUUUGACACAAUUUCUGCUAAAUUCUUUUGCAAAGUGGACUUUGAGCAACUGUGUGAAAGACCCUUGCCGAAUAAUAAAAAGCAUUUAGACCAUCUUCUUUUAACUGAGUUUUGGUUUGCUUUCGGUUUCUGGGUUGCCUAGACUAGAUGUGGAGAACUGUGCCUUGCUUUGGAGAACUGAAUCUCUUGUAACCGGACAGACUUUGAUAUUAGAGAAGUCAAACAGCUGAAGUUGGGUUCAAAGCUUUUCCUCCUCAAGCCUCCUAAGGUUUGAGCGGCAAUGUUCACAAAUGCCAGUUGGGACUUUUGGAUCAUUAAAGUCAAUUGGCAGGUUCAGAAUUUGUUGCAUUUUUUCUGUUAUGAAGCUGAUUAGCCUUGCCUACACUGUAAAAAAUGUCACGCCAAAUUCUUAAAUGUCCCAGCAAAAUGUUUAAAUUUCACGCCACUUUUAAAUCUUUGCACAGAAAUGAUCUAAGUCGCGCGACAUUAAAGUUUACACGCAAUUAUAAAUGUCACGGAGAGUAUAAUUGUUUAAAUGUCACGCCUUACUAAUAAAUUUCGCGCCACGCGCUAAAUGUCGCGUGACUAAUAAACAUAUGUGUCCGCAGCGAAAAAAAGAAAUAUCACAUUAAUUAAUUUUUCGUGGUUCAUUCUGUGACUAAAAUGUCUAAAAUAAUUAAAAUUUCCUAUUUAUUAAAGUUUAUGCCAGUGGUUUUGGCUGUAGAUGAUAAUUUGUUCACGCUUAAAUCUAAAGUGUCCUCAAAGAUCAAUGUAUUGCCAGAUGACUUUGAUUUGAUGUUUUCUGACAUGGUCUUAGAAGAUGAGAUGAUAGUUGCUCUUCCUAAUCCAUGUGAAAUCGUUGUCAAGAUUAUUGAAUCAGAUUCAUCAUUCCAAAGAGUAACAUAUGAACCGACAUUUCUUGAAAUGUUGAACUCUGUUCCAAUUUAUAGCCAAGAAAGUUCAGGGGAUUCUCCUGGUACAAGUAAAAGCUCGACACAAUCAUCGUUCAUUUUGCAGCCACAAAUUAUGAAUGUUCCAGCUACUGUCCAGUCUCCACUCUCUCUAGAGAUUGGAGUUAAGGUAUGUUGCUGUGGAUUUAUGUCUGAAAAUAAUGCACGUAUGGACAGACAUUUAGGUAUAAGUUCAAUAUGUAAAAUUGUUUGUAAAAUUUGUAAUGCCUCAUUUAAAUCAACAAGAGGAGUAUCAAGGCACAUUUGCAAAAAAAAUGAAAAAGCAGUUUUACCCUUUCCAAAGAUAAAAAUAGACUCACAAACAACAUUUGCAAUUAAACUCUGUGGUCAGUUGAGAGUGCCUUCAACAACUGUAAAUACAAUAUUUAGUAUUUCCGCCAAUAUGUUACUUAAUAUUCGGAAGUUAAUAAAAAAAGAGCAUUUUCAUACUUUUGACAAGUAUUUUUCACAAGUGGAUAUCCUGAGUAAUAAAUAUCAAAGAGAAAAAUUGUUAAAUGAUUUGUUUGACAUUUUGAAAAUAAAUGAAGUUUUGUUUGCUGGUGGCAAAGGUUAUAAUUUUUUACUAUUUGACAUUAUUAAUUUCCUUUUGCAAAUUGAUGAGUUUGUACAACUUUUAAGUAGAAAAGAUGCUGAAGCAAAUUAUUGUACAGAUUUCUCUAUCCACAAGCCAUUAGAAUUUUCUCUUAGCUUAUAUUGUGACGAUAUAGAAUUACCUAACCCUAUUGGCAAACCAAAAACUUCAUAAACUAACUAUUUUCUAUGUUCAAUUUCAUUCCUUGCCAUCAUAUAUGCGUUCUACUUUAAUAUCAGUUUUUCCACUUGCUGUUGUGCCUGUAAAGUUAUUUAAGUCUAAUAAAAAAGGGGCUUAUUUUCAGUACUUAGAGAUUUUAUUACUUCCUGUAAUCUUUUGAAUAAUGGUGUUACUUUUAAUUCAACGAUUGGUUGUGUAAAACUAUUUUUAAAAUUUGUAAUAUAUUUGGGAGAUACAUUAGCUUCAAAUCACAUUUGUGAAUUUAAAACCAGCUUUGCACCAAAUGUAUUUAGAUGCUGUCGUACAUGUCUCACCACAAAUAUACAAAUGUCAUCAAUUUACAGAGAAGAUAUGUGUAUGUUACGUACUCAAGCAAACCACCAGCAACAUAUCUUAGAUCUCAAGAAUGUGAAAAGUAAAAAAUCUAAACUCUAUUGGUCAAGAUUUUAUGGCAUAAACUAUGAGAGUGCGCUUUUACUAAUCACCGCUUUUGAUAUUAUUGAAAACGCACCACACGAUCCCAUGCACAUUUUGCUUGAAGGGCUAGUGCCCCAUGAACUAUGUCUUCUGAUGCGAUUGCAUAUUUGUGAAAAACGUAUAUACUCAUUAGCUGCACUUAAUAGUUUUAUUAUCCAGUUUCCUUAUUCAUACUCUGAAGCCAGAGAUAAGCCCAAUAUUUGUCCAACUACCUUUGAUAUUUCAGGGUAUCAAACAUCUGCUCAAAUUUUGAUUCUUGCUCGUAUCAUUCCACUUUUUAUUGGACAAUACAGCAAUUCCAAUGAUCCUUAUUAUGUUAAUUUUCUUGAUCUUUUACAAAUUCUUCAACUUACUUUGUCACCAAUAACUACGUAUAGAACUAUUUUGGAUUUAGAAACUCUUAUUGAAAAGCAUAACAAAUCAUUUACUUUAUUGUGGCCAAAUAAUCUGAUACCAAAACAUCAUUUUUUACUUCAUUUUGUUGGACAAAUGCAUCGAUUUGGUCCACUAAAAAAUCAAUUUUGUAUGA